GUCACACAGAGUACCCGUUUUAUUAAAAUGAGAAUGCAAUGAUGCAUUUAGAAGUUGAACCAGUUAUUCUAAGAAACUAUGAAAUCAUGAAGCGUUUAGGGAAGGGGGCCUAUGGAAUCGUCUGGAAGGCUCGGAAUAGGAAAACACGCAAAACGGUUGCAUUGAAAAAGAUAUUUGAUGCCUUUCGAAAUCAAACAGAUGCUCAGCGGACGUUUCGUGAAAUUUCUUUCCUACAAGAAUUUUCUCAGCAUCCAAACAUUAUUCGACUACUUAAUGUUAUAAGAGCGGAAAAUGAUAAAGAUAUAUACUUGGUGUUUGAAUAUAUGGAAACUGAUCUUCAUAACUGCAUCAAGAAGGGAGGUAUGUUAAAAGAUAUACAUAGAGUGUUUAUCUUUUAUCAACUGCUUCGUGCAGUUAAAUACAUCCACUCUGGGAACGUGAUACACCGUGAUUUAAAGCCAUCAAAUGUUCUGUUAAACUCUGAUUGUUUAGUGAAAUUAUGUGAUUUCGGGUUAACACGUUCAUUGGCCAGCAUUUCUGAAAAUCGUGCAACAUCUGCAGAAUCGUUUAUAGAUGGGGAUGAGGAUAAUGAGAACCCUGGUUUAACAGAAUAUGUGGCAACGAGGUGGUAUCGUGCACCAGAAAUUCUGCUAGCUUCAAACAGUUACACAAAAUAUGUCGAUAUGUGGAGUUUAGGCUGUAUAUUAGGUGAAAUGUUACUUGGCAAGGCAUUAUUUCCUGGUACUUCGACAAUAAAUCAAAUUGAACGAAUCGUUUCCGCUGUGGAAAGGCCAAGCAUGCAAGACAUUGAAUGCCUUCGUUCGGACUAUGGUAAAUCAGUAUUAGAAAAAGCAUUGCAGAAACCACAUCGUCCGUUGAAAACUUUGUUUCCCAGUGGUUUAGAUGAACUAGCCUUUGACAUGCUUGUAAAGCUGAUUCAGUUAAAUCCAGAGAAACGUUUGACCGUUGAACAAGCAUUAAACCAUAACUAUGUUAAAAGAUUUCGUGAUCCCGCAUCUGAAAUUGUACUUGAGCAUCCAGUUACGCCUAUUCUAAGGGAUGAUAAACAGUUGAGCGUAUCAGAUUAUCGUCAGAAAUUGUAUGAGAUUAUAAUGGAGAAGAAGGCUCAACAUAAAAUUCGAAAAAUGCUUCGAUCAGUGGAACUGAGUGAGGAUGGGAACUUGCAGAAUUGGAUGACUUCUCUGGAGUCAUCUACCGGUGAACUGAUGCCGAAUAACAAUCCCAGAAAAAAUGAUAAUUACGAGAAAAUGGUAACAGUAAAACACAGUGAACAGAAACAAAACGAACAGGCUGUUCAUCCUGGGAACCAACGUAACGUUAAAACCACUGAAAUAAAAGACCAACAGUAUUGCUCCGAUUGUAAUGACUUAAAAUCUAAACCAGGUUACUGUACUUCACUAAAUAAAGGUAAUAGUGGAUCAGUUUCAUCAAAUAGUCAUGUAGUGCGGUCGAAUAAUAAUGGUACAUUUGAAAAUGAACGUGCCAUCCAGUCAGGUUCUUGCAGUCAGAUAAACUCCACGUCAAAGUCGAGUCAUACUGCUUGCCCGACAAAUAAUAAACCCACAAGUAAUGUAUCCACUAAAUUAAGUAGACAUAUAUCUAUGCCUAUUUCAACUGCCAGCACAGGAAAGUAUAUGUCACAUUUACAGUCACAUAUGGACAAGACACAUAAUUAUUGCCAGCCGACAAUGAUGAGUAUGAGCAGAGAAGCGAAUAAUCCCGUCAUUGUCAGAGGAAAUAAAACUACAAGCCCAAAUUCAUUAAAGUCGGUGAAUAAUUAUCCUGCAAACAGACGAUCAUGCAUAAAUUCGUCAUCGUCAUUGUCGUCAGGAUCUCCAGCACCACCACCAUCAGCAAUAACAACAACAACAACAAUACGAUCAGAGUCAAAAUUAUUCAAUCAUCCUAUUUGUAAUUACAACCAAACCUAUGGUACUGUUUCAACAUCUCAGUUAAGUCAACUGCAUUCUCGUAAAUGGACACGUUGAAUAAUUAAUGGUGAUUAUUCACGAAGUCCAUAAUAUUUGGGAGAUUCAUUUUCAAACUAGCUUAUAUCUUAUCCUUUUCCUCUGAAUCUUUUCUGGUCAAAUGCAUCUUUUCUUUAUAUUUAUUUAUUACCUUUUCAUCCUUCCAUUGUUAAUCAACCUUGUUAACCCUUGUUUAUAUGACCUCCUUCUUUUACUGGUGUAUUAUAUAAUGAUACAUGCCUAAGUGAAUGAAUAUUUUGUCGCACAAAAAUUUAACUUCACUUUACAUUUACUACGAAUCAACACAUUGCCGCUUUGUUAUUGAGCUACUUCUUUAUCCUCUUACCUCUGAAGUGUGUGUGUGUGACUGUGUUGUGAUUACCUACGGCAGAGUUGUUAAAUACUGUGGUACCUUUCGUAUAUUUCAUUCCUAAAUUUACCUUCCCCUGAUAAGUCACCUCAGUGAUUUAUUCAAGUGUAUGAUACUGUUUACAUGUGUGUAUAAGCAAUGCACAAACGCACACACACAUACACACACAAAAAGGCACACAGAAUCCUGUAAAUUCUUUUCUAUAAUCUCAGACAAUGAUUCCAAUAUCUUUGUUUCGCGUUGAAAGAAUUUUGUGAUUGCUUUUUUUUUAUAUAUAACUAGAAUUGAUAUUAUUUCUGUGUGAGCAAUUGUGAUUUACAAAAAUGAUUCUUUGUAAAAUAAUCCUAGAA